AUGUCGGGCGGGUUCGAGCCGUUCAUCCUUUCGGACGUCGAUGUCCUUAAGCUGAUUGCAACCAAGGCGCACAUUGGUUCUGCUAAUGUUGACUUCCAAAUGGAGCAGUAUGUCUAUCAACGGCGUUUCGAUGGAACGUAUAUAAUCAAUCUGAAGAAGACAUGGGAAAAACUGCUGCUUGCUGCACGUGCCAUCGCGGCCGUUGAGAAUCCUGCCGAUGUGGUAGUAGUUUCUGCUCUACCACAUGCUCAGAGAGCACUUCUUAAGUUUGCCGCUCAUACUGGAGCUACUGCCAUCUUUGGUCGGUUCAGUCCUGGAUGUCUCACUAAUCAGAUCCAGAAGUCUUUUAAGGAGCCUCGUCUUCUUGUCAUCUCCGAUCCACGUGUCGAUCACCAGGUUGUGACUGAGGCUUCGUAUGUCAAUGUGCCCGUCAUUUCCUUUUGCAAUACGGAAUCACCUUUGAAAUUGAUCGACAUUGCGAUUCCGUGCAACAAUAAGGGCGAGCAAUCUAGUGGACUUAUGUGGUGGUUGUUGGCGCGUGAAAUCUUAAUCCUGCGUGGAAAAAUUUCGCGCCAAACCGGAUUUGUCCUCGACGACAAGGAAAUUAUGCCCGAUUUAUACUUUUACCGUGAUCCCCAGGAAUCAGAAAAACAAGACAUCACAGAAAUCGUGCCGGAGGUCAAGCCUGACUUUGAAUUGCCCAGCGAGGCUGUUGAUUUUACUGCUCAGCCAGAAAUCAAAGAUUGGGCUUCCGAGACGGCAACGUGGAAUCCCGGAAGCAAACCAGGAGAAACGGCUGGAGAUUGGGGAGCUGGUGCUCCAGCAAAUGCAUGGUGA